CUUCAACUGGCGGAUUUAAAGGGGCAGCGCCACUUUAAGGCAUCAUGGCGGAAUACAGUCGACCUAACACUCUCGGCCGGGCUCUGUCUCAGCCGACUCUUAUAGAAACAAACGAUGUUUCUCCACCUAACGUUCAGCUUCACCCAAGCCGAAGGAGAAAGCUGUCCAGCUGCAGCUCGGUGGAAAACCUCGACUGGGUGACUUCACCUUGCGGGAAUGAGUCUCGGGUCCUAGUGAUAAACACCGGGGGGACCAUCGGGAUGACGCUACAUGAUAAAGGUUAUGCCCCUACAGCCAAUACUCUUGUGGAGAGUCUGCGCAAGCUGCCCAUCCUACACGAUGAACUUUAUGCCCAUCAAACCUCCCUGUAUGAGUACUACAGAUUGGAGAACACGUUGGUUCUGCCAAAGCCAACGCCCCGGUCCGAUCUCCAGUUCCCUCGGCCAAGUAAAUUAAAUAAGAGGAUAAUCUACACAAUCCUGGAGUACAGUCCUCUGCUCGACUCCUCCAACAUGACCACAGAUGACUGGGGGCGCAUUGGAAAAGACAUUGAGAAAAACUAUGAAAACUUUGAUGGGUUUGUGAUUCUUCAUGGCACGGACACUAUGGCUUACACAGCCUCUGCUUUGUCCUUCAUGUGUGAGCAUUUGGGAAAACCAAUCGUUCUCACCGGCUCUCAGGUGCCGAUCUAUGAGUUGAGGAAUGAUGGCAGAGACAACUUGCUGGGAGCGCUGCUAAUCGCCGGCCAGUUUGUCAUUCCUGAGGUUUGCUUGUAUUUCUACAACAAGCUCUACAGAGGAAAUCGUGUUACUAAGGUGGACGCUGGCAGUUUCAAUGCGUUCACUUCGCCCAAUUUGCCUCCUUUAGCAACCGCGGAAGUGGAUUUUAAAAUUAACUGGGAUACUGUGUGGAGGGCAAACACCACGGCAAAGUUUCAAGUCAGAACGGAGCUGAACAGGAACGUGGGUCUGCUCAGGUUGUUCCCAGGAAUCACUGCAUUAACAGUCAAGGCUUUCCUGCAGCCGCCUAUGCAGGGCGUCGUCCUGGAGACCUACGGCAGUGGGAACGCACCCGAUAACCGCCCUGAUCUUCUGGAGGAGUUGAGUAAGGCCACCGACUCUGGUGUCAUCAUAGUUAACUGCACCCAAUGUCUGAGGGGGACAGUCUCAGCCUCAUAUGCCACUGGAAGGGUGUUGAUGGAUGCCGGUCUGUUAGCUGGAGGUGACAUGACCCCUGAGGCUGCCUUGUCAAAACUGUCCUACGUUCUGGCUAAGAAAGAGCUCACUCUAGAUGCUCAGAAAAAGAUGAUGGCUCAAAACCUGCGAGGUGAGAUGAGUGCCGACCUCGAAGGAGCCCAACUGUGUUUGAGCGACAGCAGGUUCAUCCAGGUCAUUGCCAAGUCUCUGAGCGUUAGCUGCAAAGAGGAACUGGAGGCCAUCCGUGAUGCCCUGACUCCUUCGCUGGCAUGUGCUGCUGCUAAAAUUGGGGACACAGAAGCUUUAGUAGCUCUUAAGGAAAUGGGCAGCGACUUACGUCUGGGCGACUUUGACGGUCGCACACCUCUGCAUGUCGCUGCUUGUGAGGGUCACCUCAGACUUGUGCAAUACCUGCUCAACCAGGGAGCCUCUGUCCAUGCCAAAGAUCGCUAUGGAGACACACCCCUAUGCAACGCCGUCCGCUUCAGGCACAAGGAAGUGGUGAGGCUGCUGAGGAGGACCGGUGCCCACUUCUCGAGAGAGCAUCUAGAGGAAGCAGGAAGUGAGCUGUGCAGCCUCGCUGCCAGUGGCGAUAAAGAGGGCCUUGAUAUCUGGAGAAUCGCUGGGGCAGAUCUGACCAGACCAGGCUAUGACGGGAAGAUGGCUAUUGAAGUGGCUCAAGCUGCAGGCAGGAUGGACAUGGUGGAGUUUUUAAACUCAUACGUGAACAGCAAAACCUUGCCCGUAUUUGAUGAACUAAAUGAAUAUGACGAAUAUAAUAUUGAUGAUGAUGAUGAGGAGAACGGCGCAGCGAUCGAGUUCACUGCCAAGCCAACGUUGUUGUGAGCCGACUCUACCUCCUGUCCACCUUUGUGUUUGUUGUUUGACCUCUUAAAUAUGAGCACAUAUCACCUAAUCCGUCCAAUGUGUGUAUAUCACCUCUGGUUUGAAUUCAUGCUGCCUCAAAAAGGAAGUACUACAUGUAUGGAGAUGUUUGUUGUAUAUCGUGUUACAAUGCCGAAUGUUCAAAUUUGUUACUUUUCUGCUCAAAGUAACCCCUAAAUUAGGGAAUUGGAGUGAGUCUCAUGUUACAAAAGUGUAAGCUGUGACGUUGGAAAAUAAUGUUACCUGAUUGUGAAGCUAAGUAUUUUUAAUGUUUCUGAUGGCAGUGUAAAAUCACUGAUUUUAUUUUUGUAGUUCUUUUAUUAGUCAAAUUGUAGAAAACAUAAUGUGGGAUUAUGAAAGCAAUAUUUUAUUGAAUGAAUGUUGUCUACAUCAGCCAAACAACUCUGAAAUGCAGCUUUUUUUCCCCCCACUUCCUGCUACUCUACAGGUGUAAUAGAAAAAACAAGCUGCAGUUACUCCUCAGGCUCAUCCAGCCUGUUUCUAGGCUAAUUGUCGAACUGGAAGCGUCGCAUAGCUUGCACCCUGAACCAGAAAGGGGAAGUCCAGACUAUUGUGUGAAGCAGUUUAAAAGGAAAACCAGUUUCUGUGUUACUUCAUGACUUUGUUUAAUGUCCUCAGCAAUAAAAUUAUUGUAUCUAUGGCUUUUCACAUCAUCCAGUGCUGCUCUAAUUUUUUAGAUUUUUUUUUUUAAUGCACUUUUGUUUUUUCACUUAUUUUAAUGGUCUGGAAUAUUCUCUUUCACCUCGUUGUAUUACAAAAGCAUUGUAAUGAGUUUUGUCUGAUGGUAACUUGUUACCUUGUUGGAAGAACAGCAGGAAUAAAACCUUUGAUGUAAAGAAA